AUGGACGGUCAAAUGGAUCUCCGAAAGCAUUAUUGUCUGGACGAUCUGGAAAGGCCUACCGCGAUAUCUGCAUCCUCAACACCAUUUUCGAUUGAGGACAUCCGGACAUGUGCCACAUGUCGCGGGUCAUUGAGAGGACUUUCUCGCUAUGGAAGACUCGUGAGACGUGCAUUGCUCGAUGAAGCAACAAAGAAGCUGAUUUUGUAUGUGAACCAACGGUACAUACCACUUGCCCAGGAGCUACCCCGUGUACUCUAUGAGCUACAGAACCGCAAUGGAUUCGAGGCACUAGCUGCGGCGGUGUUCCGGGGUAAUAUACAAGUCAGGCUUGAAGGACCCCCUGCGCAUCCAGUCGAACUGAUGAGCUAUCGGAUCAAGAAAACAUCCAAAGUCCAUUGGAGCGGCAUUCUGGCUCUUCGCUGCAGGUUAAAAGAGUAUCAAGAGAGGGUGAAGCUGGAAGAGCAGCCAUUCAUCCAGGUCCGCAAUAUGGUCGAAAAUGCACGUCGACGUAAAACGACUUCUAGCCAGUUCGGCUUUCAUGAAAGCGUACUCCAGACUAAAGGACAACUUCAAGCCGCUGCGCUGCUGCUCCGCCUAGACUUGGCUCUUCUGGGGGAUUUCAUCUCCAUGAAAAGUCGUGUACACUCUGUUCAGGAUCAGAGUGACUUGUUUGUCAACCUGAAAGAGAACAAAAAGGAAAGUCGGCUCCUGAUAAGCGACUCAAUAGCUUCGCAUCGCAUCAUGCAACAGGCCGAAGGACAUAUUUUCCUUGCACAGCUUUACGCCUUGGAGCUACAAACCUCGAAACAGUCAUCGCACGCUGAAGACUUACGCGAAAAAGCUAGAAACGCUCUCGAAGAGUCGGAAAGGUUUUGCAACAUGCAUCCUAGCCAGACACGUGGUCUAAGCCAGGAAAUUGAAGGUACCAGGUCUAUGCUCAACGGUGCAACACAUUACGCGCCAGUGACCAACGAAGAACGCAUGGCAGUCUUGAAUGCCAUGGCAAGUGAGUUUCGGGGAACGGGGCAUUGGUACUAUUGCGAGAAUGGGCAUCCGUUUACAAUCGGCGAGUGCGGGGGAGCUAUGGAGUUAUCGAGAUGCCCCGAUUGUGGAUCAGCCGUAGGCGGUCGAAAUCAUCGAACUGCCGGCGGAGUGACCCCAGCUCGCGACUUAGAGCAAGCAUUUGGGCAGAUGCAUAUUGGCCCCUGA